UACACUCUACGUUAUGGCGGCGCAUCAAAGAAAUGAGAUACACAGACUGUUAUGAAGGAAGGACUAAGCUAUGUAAUGAAGUCUAUAUUCGUGGUAACUUUGAAUAUCGAUGUAAUUAUUAGAACGUGUUUAAAAGGUGAACGGUGAUGAAUCAAAUGAAAUAUUUUAAAUCGUUCGAAUGUCAAAUCGUGAAAGUUAAUUAAUUUACUGCAGUGAAUACGACUGUCCUGUAUUGUGUCAUUGACUCGAGUCGAAGUGUCAAAAUCGUACUAACUAGCUCUCCUGAAAUUUCAUCGAGACGUUUACAUCGAUAAUUUGUUUAAGAAACUUUGUUCGACUGUUUGAAAUCAGAUCUGAACAAUAUAUUUCUUGGCUAAUCAAUUGUUAUCAAAUCGAAAAUUCUCAUCUGGUAGAAUUUACACGGAAAUGAAAAGAUGUUUUUACAUGUAUAUUAAAAUUACAUGUUGAACACAACAAUGAAAGACUUUUUGAUAUAAUUAAAUAUUGAUUUGCAAAAUAUGAUACCAAUGGAAAAAAAUUACCAAACAUUCAUUAGGAUGUGUUUAUUUAAUGUUGUUUAUCAUUGAUCACAUCUUUACUGAGGCCAAAGAGUGAUGCCGGUUCAUCAGAUCAAUGUUAAUCCGCCUGACUGGCAACCACCUUUGUCACUUGGUCCUUCCAAUAAUAAUAGCCCUGCUGGUGGUGAAAGUUUACCAGAAUGGACACCAAGGGAAUCAGCAUAUGCAACAGUAGUUACCAUCAUACCAGAUCAUUGUCACUCAUCUGUCAGUACAUUGUCUUCAAGCAAUCAUGAUAUUUGUAGAAUAUGUCAUUGUGAAGGAGAAGAAAGUGCUCCUCUGUUAGCACCUUGUUACUGCAGUGGCAGUUUACGAUACGUACAUCAAACUUGUCUUCAACAAUGGAUAAAAGCUUCAGACAUACGUGCUUGUGAAUUAUGUAAAUUCACAUUUAUUAUGCAUGCUAAAACAAAGCCAUUCUGUGAGUGGGAAAAACUCGAAAUGUCUGCUCUAGAAGUUCGCAAAUUAUGGUGUGCAGUUGCUUUUCAUGCAGUAGCUGCACUUUGUGUGGCUUGGUCUUUAUAUAUACUUGUUGAACGAUCUGUAGAAGAAGCUCGACGUGGAUACGUAGACUGGUCUUUCUGGACUAAACUAAUAGUUGUUGUAAUUGGUUCUACAGGAGGCUUAGUUUUUAUGUACAUUCAAUGUAAAGCAUACAUUACGCUAUGCAGAAAAUGGCGAGCAUUCAACAGAGUAAUAUUUAUUCAAAAUGCUCCUGAGAAAGUGGUGCUUCCUCCUUCACCUACAGACUCAUUGAGAGAAGUAACAUUGCCUCUAAAGGAUCCAACUGCCUCUAUGCCUGAGCUCAAUCAUACCUUAUUACCCCGUAACAUAGACCCUCCAUGUGCCUCGCAGAUGGUGAAACCAGAUUCUGCCGCGCCUCCACAAAGGCACGACGCUCAAUUGAAACUUUAUGUAUUUGAUAAAUUAUCCUCGUCAGAAGAUAACUUGUAAUACAAUUGGGGUAAUACAGGUGGCUGCUAAUUGUGUAUUAAUAAUUAGCAAAAAAAAGAUGUAAUGCAAGUAUAAACGUGUGUCUAGAAGAAAUUGUAAUUCUAGACUACAGUACGAUUUCAAAAAUCGAAAUUUCUAUUUCGAAACUGUCGGAUAUCCGCCCUUAUGGAGCACAUUUAUCUGAAAUCUAGUACUUCAGUGCUUACAUUGACAAUGGGAUACUUGAAAGUGUUUAACCAUCAGGCUAAACAUUUUCUCUGACAAUUGUGUACAUAAUUAUUGUAUCUGUGAUGUUAUUAAAUAAACUUUACCAUAUUUAAACAAUA